AUGGUACAUGCAGACUAUUCAAACCUUGAAUCUGGUGAACUAUCAAAACAAGAGACAUUACAACAUAUUCUUGAUUCUUAUGAAGCGUUGAAAACACCAAGCUGGGUCGCUAAUUUGUCAAACUGUGCAUCAUUGUUGUGGUAUGGAUAUAAAUCAUUAAAUAUUGAUGUCAAUUGGACAGGAUUUUACUUAACAAAUAAACCAGAUGAUGAACUAAUUUUGGGACCAUUCCAGGGUAAAGUCGCCUGUCAAAUUAUCAAAUUUGGUAAAGGUGUUUGUGGAACAGCUGCUAGUACUCAAGAAACUCAGUUAGUUCCAAACGUUGAAGAAUUUCCCGGUCAUAUUGCCUGUGAUGGCGAAACAAAGAGUGAAAUUGUGGUACCUAUAGUUAAAGAUGGUAAAACAAAGGGGGUUAUUGAUUUGGACUGUUUGGACUUGAACGGGUUCGAUGAAGUUGACAAAGAAUAUUUAGAAAAGUUGGCAAAUUUGAUUAGUCAAUGCUUACCCUAA